AUGGCUUCAGCAGAACCUGUCUGCCAUAUCAUCACACCGGUUAGCAAUCUCGGAUAUGGCUUUGACAAUAUUGGCGUCAAUCACUUGCUUCGACAGUUGGCGGCGAGCGGCAGGCCUACGGCUAUGAUACUCAACUCGUGCUUUGAGGAGACUGGAUCUGGUGCUGCAGUGAGAGUCGGCCUGCCACAAGGACAUCGAGCAAGCUGCCUUAGGGAUAUUCGAAGACUGCUCCGUUGUGUGGGCACUCACGGCGUGCCAUUGAUCCUCAACUCCUCGUCAACGAAAGCGCCAGAAGAUCACCUGGAUUUGGUUGCAGAAAUGGUUCAAGAAGCGGUAACGCAAAACUCGCAGGACUUCAAACUGGUAACGAUUGAAAACAAUACCGAACAGCAAAAGACCCCUCCCGGAAAUACCCCAGCGCAAAGCUCGCCCUCGCCAUCCACUCAUCUGAAACGAUCCGCGUGCCCCUGCACCAUCGGUGUCUGCGUCCAAGCAUUCCUCAAAAAGGCAGAAGCAAAUCCCGACUUCGAAGUCCUCCUAAGCAGCAGCACUUCCAGACUCGUCCCCUUCAUAGCCUUCACAAGUCUAUGCCUCAAGAACGCCCACAAGACGACGCUUGGUCAGACCCAGGCACAGACAGCAAGUAUAAGAGGCGGCAUACUCCAUCUGGCGAAAAUCCUCGAGGAAGGAGGCGUCUCCGCGAUACCCAGAUGUGCCGGCGCAGUGGGGACAUUAUUCAGCGACGGGAGUUUUGAGGUUUCGCCUGUCGGGGCGAGGUCGCAGUGCACGUCGAUCUCGGUGGCGUCGUAUAUCCUGCAACCCAAGUCUCGACUCGCCGUCCCGGAAGUUGGGGGAGCGCUGGAUCUCAGACAGGCCUCGUACCAGACGCUCGAAGACAAUCGGACGGUGAAGGUUCGGGGAACGAUCUUGCGGCGCGUGGGCGAGUCGGAGAAGUGGUUCGAGGCACAGGCGCGUCUACAGAGACCCUAUCGUUCUAUAUACCUGGGUCGUAUAACCGACGCCCUCCUAACCUCCGCAAUCGACCGCCUUCUCCACCGCAUCAAAGGCUACGUCCAAGCGCAGCAACCGCAUUUCCCUGCUGACAGUUGGGACCUUUCCUUCCACGUCUUCGGCCGCAGGACUCCUGAAGUCGUCGUGGCGGGAGAGAUCACGGCGAACAGUCGGGAUAUCGCGAGGGCGAUGACGGAGAUUUCGAGGAUGGCGACGAGGUUGGCGUGUGGGUUGCAGAAUCGUGGGGCGGAGUGGCCGGAUUCGCAGAUUGUUGUUUUGGCUGUGGAGGGGGAUGGGUGA